CAUCAAAUUAUAUUGAGGCACAUUUCCCAAUAUAAAUUUGUAGCAGAGCGUCCACUGUCCCAGGGGAAAUGCUUUCAAGUUAGGGAGGUUUUUAAUGCAUUGUUUCUACAGGAAUCCAGACGGGGACUUGGAAUAAGUAGAUAUAGGGAGGUAUUCAACGUAGGGAGGUUCCAUUUAUCAAGGUACAACUGUGCCAUAGAAGAAAACAUCUUUCAAAAUUUUUAAUGCAAUGGUACGUAUGUGAUUUAGUAAUUUCUUAAUUUUUUAUCAAAGGCGACGAGCAGAAGAAGAAGAACGACAGCGAAUUGAGAGAGAGCAUCGUGAGGCAAAAGAACGUAUCAAGCGCACUUAUGAAGAAUACUUUAUCCGAUUGGACCAAUUGAAAGAAAGUUUUGGGUUGUUGUCUCGGAACCAAGUUCACUUGCAAGUUGUGCUUGAUGAACGAACGAAGUUGGCCCAAUGGAAUCGGUACAUGAGAUGUGACGGUUUACCGGAUCCGACGGAUUUGCCACAACUAAACGCGUAUUUAUCAACGUGGUUUGAAGACGAAAAUCCGGAUCGGUUGGAGAUCAACGAAGUUUUGAGCAAAUGUGCUGAAGUGUUGAAGGUAUUGCAAGAAGUUAUGCUUUGCCUAAACGAUUUCAGAGAAAUUCCGAAGCAUAAGAAGCGCUUAUUUCAAACCUGGAUUGAAGACGCGCAUAAUUUGUUACACGUGAAACUGGACCUCGCGUGCUACGCGUUAUUUCUCGAAGGAGUUUGUCACAUGAAGAAUCCCAACGCUGAACAAGUCGACUAUUUCAUAUCAACUGAUGUAGCAGCUGUAGGGCUUUGGCGCCUUAACACAAGCAAUAGAGGCGAAGUGAGGGGGUUCUCUUUUCAAGAACUUGGAUUCACUUUUGAAUGCCCGGCCACGAUUCUCGAAGGACUCGAAUGUAUUUUUCGUGUUCUGAAAACGUCUUACGAUCACUACUCGCAUCACUGUCGCUCUUUGGUCUUGACAAAAUUCGUGGAGAAUAUUCCAAGCCUCGAGGUACUUCACAAGCAGCAGGCUGCACCGCCAGUUCCUGGGAAAGCUCCGAUUCGUUUACAGCCGACGACAGAGGCCGAGGGCCCGGGAAAGCGUAAGAUUUCUUCGACAAGUAGCAUCACGACUUUGCUCAAAGAAGGAGAAAUUGACGUGAAACAGUUGAAAAUGCUUGUCGAAAGCGACGAGUUAAAUUUAAGGGAAUUCGCCGUCAAUGGAGGCAUUUAUCACGUCAACUUACUCGAGGUCCCACCGGAGCCACAGAAAUUCGGACCCUUUGUCAUUGUUGAAGUGGAAGAUCCCCCGAGCAUUCGUGAAAUUCAUUUCGUGGCUGACUACAAACCCCCUCGACCGCCGAGUCCUGCGACAGGUGGCCAGUCAAGGCGACGUGAUCCAGAAGAAAUUGAGCGUGAAUUGCGUCAGCAAGAGUUGGAACUGCAGAAAUUGGUCUGGAUUGAGAUUCGAUUGCCGAGAAACAUCUUGUGGUUUGAGCCACCGGUCAUCGUUCGGUGGGAUGAAGAAAAGAGCUACUGGUCUACGAACGGGUUCUAUGAUCACAAAUACGUUGAGGAGCAGCUGACGUUGACUGUCCGCUUCGUUUCUUUUGGCAUUUUUGCCCUGGCUCAGCGAAAAUUCUCCAACUUUCCCUAUCAAACCUGGGAUCUGAAACCCGUGGAUGAAACAUUGAUAUCUUACACCAUUUCAGCUGCUGUUGUUACGGCUGAGUUCAAUAUACAGGAGGGAUUAGUUUCUCUAACAUCAUUGCAAAAUGGCGCUCAAGCCGUUUUAACGCAUCUUUACAACGAUUUUAUGGCACCUGAGGAACUUCUUAAGAUCUUGCAAGACUACGGCGUGAACUUGAAGCCGGAAGCGGAUUCACCGUUGUACAUUGAGGGACUUCCUAUCAAAGAUUUGGCAACUGAGUCUCAUUUGUAUCGAACGAUGGCGAUUACCUCCACUGCGACGCAUUACGCGUGGUCCCGUUGGAAUUUGCUGGCUGGUGCUGAAAAGCUGGUCAUUCAGUACAAGGAAAAAAUUGGCUCCCUACCCGCGAAGAGCCCGAACCAUGCAUUAAUCCUCGUCACGCCGGAUAAAGCAGCCCUGCUGGAUUGCUCUGACACCAGCCAGGCAUUCUCAGAGGCUGAACUACCUGGUUAUGAAUUCACUGCUGACAUGAACUUCCUUAUACGGAAGACGGGGUCCGAGGAAGCCGUGCGAAUGAUCGAAAAAAUACCGUGCGACUUGGCAGAAGCUAUUUAUGAAAUGCUCAUGCUGACGAAGCCGAUGUCCUAUGCCUAAAUUGAAAAAUUGAAAAUUAGGGUGAGGUGUAAUAUUAAUGGGCCAUGAGUUUACAUGGAAAAAGCUGGUCUAUGGGUGGUCCAGAAUCGUGCAACCGAUCCAAGGAAUUCAGUACUGUAAUGUGUAUUUGUGUAUUUUAACAUAAUGAAUAUCAUCCCCUUACUAUGACUAAUUUUGAAGCAUGAUCUAAACGAAAUAGGAAAAACUUGACUUCUAAAGGCCAUAUCAGAGAGAAAAGUCCGGCGACUUCAUUCUUGGGCCGCGUCACAGAAAAUUUCAGUGAGCCAUAAUUCGCAAUUCGUUACUCUUUGAAGAAAAUUUUUAAAAUUGUUUUAAAUUUAAAAUUUGUGCACUUUUUUUCAACCUGAGCAGUGGAUUCUCCUGCUCAUUUUGAAGCAAGUGACAGUGCAUUUACUGUUUGUCGAAUAUCAGCAAGGAUUGAUUUUUCAAUUCAGAGGACUUGAUGAGGAAGUAAUCCGUGAAUUGAUGAAGUAUGUUUGGAAAAUGAGUUUUCAUGAGUAUAGCUGCUUCAAGAAUUUAUUGUGCAGUACUAUGUUGGGUGAAUUAAUUUUUUUCUCAGACGAUUUUGGGAACUUUAUUCGAGCUGUGCGGUAUGAAUCAUGAAUUUUUUCAGUUCUCUCCUGAGUUGUUUUAACAAGGGUUUUUUUCAAUUUCAGAGGGGUUUAUUAAAAUAAAAGUUGUUGUGAGACACUGUCAGAUACAGCCCUCGAAUGGGCGCAAGUGCGAAGCAGCCAGAAGUGAUAAUUCCAGGAUGACUUACUAUUUCGGUCCCUCUAACCGGUCGACUCCCUUGCGUGGAACUGAUAUUGGAGACCUUGAUGCCACACAAUAUGCAUCGGAACCCAAAUGUAAGGAUUUACAAGGAAAGACAAUAGAACCUGGAUAUCACUUCGUACCCGGUCCGGAUGAUUGCAUUGUCUGCACCUGCGACAAAGGCGCUCCGAAGUGGUGCCAAGCAGUGCUGUGUGCGCCGCCGGAGAAUUGUAAGUCAUUCAGAGUCGUUGGGAGCACGUGUUGCGAUUUCGAGUGCCUCGACAAGACGCUUUUUGAUCGAGAGCACCCUCAUUUGGGCCAUGAUUCUGCUGCCGAGCUUGGAUCCCGGCUGGUUGCCUGGACCGUGUCUAUCCUAGUUUCGAUGUCCCUGAUCUAUUUCCUUUUCAGAAGGUUAAGGAAGAAGCGACAUCUUAGAGACCUGGAUGCCACACAAUACGCAUCGGAACCCAAAUGUAAGGAUUUACAAGGAAAGACAAUAGAACCUGGAUAUCACUUUGUACCGGGUCCGGAUGAUUGCAUUGUUUGCACCUGCGACAAAGGCGCUCCGAAGUGGUGCCAAGCAGUGCUGUGUGCGCCGCCGGAGAAUUGUAAGUCAUUCAGAGUCGUUGGGAGCACGUGUUGCGAUUUCGAGUGCCUCGACAAGACACUUUUUGAUCGAGAGCACCCUCAUUUGGGCCAUGAUUCUGCUGCCGAGCUUGGAUCCCGGCUGGUUGCCUGGACCGUGUCUAUCCUAGUUUCGAUGUCCCUGAUUUAUUUCCUUUUCAGAAGGUUAAGGAAGAAGCGACAUCUUAGUGUUCUCCGUCGAGUUUUCUUGGAUCCCGAAAAUCCGGGUGAAGCUAAUCCGGCGUUCUCCAACCAACAACCCGCAUUCCCCUACUUGGAACCCUACAGCUACGGAAUGGAGCGUCCCACGUUUCCCGUCCCCCCGCCAGCAUUUUCCGCCGCCGUUGCUGACAGUCCGCGUAGCAUGACUGCUCGGUUUUGUCCCGUUUGGAAACCGGACGACCUUCCUCCUCCGUACUCUGAAGUAGUUGGCGACGAAUGUCUAACUCCUGCGAUUCCAAACAUCAACGACAACGAAAAUGGAAGAGAAGACGGUCCUGUUGAGGAAACGGAGCGUGGUGGGAAUACCGACGAGUUGGAACGCGACCGUGGGGAUCCGGGUGAUGAAGUGAUUGUGGAGGCGAGGAAUACAGCGAUGGAGGACAGAGGCAGUUUUGAGCUUGGGUCUGUGUCUAGUUGCACUUCUGCGUCCACUGCUGGCGACGAGGUUCAUUUGAGCGAUGUACGCAGAAUUGAUCUCUCGUCGAAUGUAGAUUCGAUCAUAAUGACUGGGGGAAAAACUCGAAAGAUUUUGACCUUGGUGUUCGUGUUGCGCGAAGACGAAGUGCUUUUGGGCUACAAAAAACGAGGUUUUGGGGUCGAUCGCUGGAAUGGCUUUGGUGGUAAGGUGCAUGUUGGAGGAGAAUCUGUUGUCGAUGGUGCGAAGAGGGAGCUGUUGGAGGAAAGUGGACUUGAAGCAGAGAAUCUCAGUUACGUUGGACGAAUAGAAUUUGAGUUUGUGGGAGAUGAUUCUCUUCAUGAUGUGUACGUGUUCAUCACCCAUGAUUUUACUGGAAACCCAGUAGAAACGGAAGGCUUGUCCGGGAAUAAAAUUCCCGCUCGUAAAGAGCACAUCGAAGUUUCAGAGAGGAGAGCUUUCGAAGCUCCCUUUCGAGUAGCCCAGUCUUCGAGCGUUUUACCUAAUUUUUUACGCGUCCCACGCUCAUUGUGUCCGAAAUCGAGAGGUUCGGAUUUGUGA